ACUGGAGGCGGAUACGAGUCUGACCGUUACUACACUGUAGAUGCUCAAAUGAAGAUGCCAGGUGCACACACGUACAGGUCAUGUUUGCUGCUUUUAGCUGUAGUUUUCCGUGUCGGGACGUCGGCAGAGGUCUCCAUAUGGAAGGUGGACAUCAACUCGACGCAGGAUGCCGUGUUUCGAAAGACGCUGUACGCCAACACCACCAUCUUCAUGAAGUUCCAGGGGAACGCGGCGUCAUGUGACAGAGACCUGGCCUACAACAUCAGCUGGUACCUGCGCUCCUCUGUUUGCUACAACGAGGUCUUCAACACACCUGAUAACAAAGCGAUGAACAUGUUCGGGAUGGACCACAUGUUGAAAGACGGCUGGAGCGGCUUCUACAGUCAGGGCUACAUGUACUUUGAAAACUGCUCCUCCCUCUUCUUACCAAAGGUGUAUUACCCCUACUUCAACCCUUAUCAGCCCCUCAGCAGCCCAAAGAGUGACCCAUCCAAUCAGAGCGUCGUUUGGCCCGACAAGCCGGAUAUCGGUGCAGUGGCCAAAGCCUGGGAUGACAGUCCGUACCUGUUCAUCGUGAAGGUGCAGCCUUUGUUCAGAGGAGUGGAGGAUGAAGACGUGGAUCCUGAUCAGCUCAUCUUCGCCUUUACGAUGAAAGUUGAGAUGAAGGGACCACAUGACUACUCCUCUCCAGCAGACUGGCCUCUGAUGAUGUUCUUCAUGGUGAUGUGCAUCGUCUACGUGCUGUUCGGGGCUCUCUGGCUCUUCUGGUGCGCGUGCUACUGGAGGGAUCUGCUGCGGAUCCAGUUCUGGAUCGGUGCUGUCAUCAUCCUCGGCAUGCUGGAGAAAGCUGUCUUCUACUCCGAGUACCAGAGCAUCCGCUACAAAGGAGACUACGUUCAAGGUGCUGUGAUUUUUGCCGAGCUGCUCUCUGCACUCAAAAGAUCUCUGGCCAGAAUCCUGGUCCUCAUCGUCAGCCUUGGUUACGGUAUCGUCAGGCCGAGGUUGGGCACCACGGUGCACCGGCUCGUAGCUGUUGGUCUUCUCUACUUGAUUUUCUCCUCUGUGGAAGGCGUGCUGAGAGUCACCGGUGGUUUCUACGGGACGGUUGCCCUGGUGGCAAAUCUCAGCCUCUCCCUCAUCGACUCCUGCGUCAUGUGGUGGAUUUUCAUCAGUCUGUCUCAAACCACUCGCCUCCUGAAGCUCAGGAGGAACGUGGUGAAGCUCUCCUUGUAUCAGCACUUCACCAACACGCUCAUCUUCACCGUUGUUGCUUCCAUCAUUUUCAUCAUCUGGACCACCAAAGUCUUCAAGCUGGUCGACUGUCAGAAGGGCUGGACCGACUUGUGGGUGGACGAUGCCUUCUGGCGUCUCCUGUUCUCCACCAUCCUGCUGGUCAUCAUGGUGCUGCUGCGGCCCUCCGCUAACAGCCAGAGGUUCUCUCAUUCUCCUCUGAUUGAUGAAGAUGAUGAUGAAGAAGAAGCAAAGGAGCCCAUGCUGAAUGAGGCGUUUGAGGGGAUGAAGAUGAGAGGCUCAAAGCCCGACACAAACGGCUCCCAGAAGCUGCUGAGUAAAGAGGACGAAGACCUGAAGUGGGUCGAGGAGAACAUUCCUACAACAGUUGCCGAUGUAGCGCUCCCUGUGAUGCUAGAUGAGGAAGAGGAAAUCCUGAAAACCAAGAUGGAGCGAUCCAAGAUGGAGUAGAGGUCAAUAAGACGAGACGAUGUGAGAAUCAAAAAGAAGGUUAAUUCAUCGAGGCAGCGAAGAAUGCAUUCUGAGUAAUCAACCCAAAACAAAAUAAUGUGGGCAAAGCCGCCCUCUCUCUCUCUCCGGACACUUUACAUCCUCAGUUUAACUUCACCUGUGUUUACAGGUGAAACGAGCUCAGAGAAGCAUGAGUAAUGUGUUAAUGAAAAGGCAAUACGAUGUUAAUGAGAAGCUGAAGAUGAAUAUUUAAAGAGUCUAAAAAGAUCUCCUUCUUCAGUGUCACAAACUGGAGCAGAGACUUUACAUUUUAUCACAAUUAUUUAUUCUAAACUUCUCCUGUGUUUGUAGACAUGUUUAACAGGAAGUGUAGUGUCUUUGCCCUUUGCCCUGAGGUACACCGCCCGCCCCGUGUUGCAGCAGCUCUGUGUGAGAUGACUACAGAUUAAUGUCUAAUGCAGUAUGCAGCAUAUACGACAUACAACAUACGAUAGAAGGUUUGGAAAACCGCCUUGGAGGACGAGGAGGAGCAGAGGGUUUUAGUGUCUGUUUGGUGUCAGCAGUGUGUCCUCUGUGAUUGAUUACAUCCCUCAUGAUGUCUUUGUUUUUACUCCUGUUUUAGUUCUCCAUGCGUCCAGAUCAUUUCAUCGUCCAAUCACAGAGGACUGUUAAAUUACCUCACUUUAUAUGUGAGGCUGCAGGCUUUAGUUCUCUCCUCAUCAUGACGCUUUGUCAUAUCGUACAAACAUUAGAGUUUGUGUUUGUGGAUGAACGUCAGUGAACAGAAGUUAUCGUCUGUUCAGAGACGAUCAGACACGAGAGGGAGACAGACGCUGCUCUCUGAUUGGUCACAUCGAGUUCAAACAUCAUUUCUGACACCAUGUUUUUUGUUAGUUUGGACGUUACGCUCGUUACUAGUUAAGAUGAGCCUUACGUCUCCAUGGUAACCAAACAAUGACACAACCUAAGCCACAAA